AUCUUUUUUUGGUUUUGGGAACCCGAGAGUCUCCGUACUGGUUUAGCUCGGUCGCGUGGAUUUUUGCGCAAGUUUUUAGAAAAACACUGACUCGAGUAGAGCAUUUCUCCGGAAAGUUUCAAGUGCAGCAAAAUAGCGAACGUGCAAAACUGGCCAAGGGGAGACCUCUAGUGGUUAAGCGCGUCUUUAAGUUCCGAAGGCCGAGAGCAAAGUUUGGCCUUUACUUGUAGCUACGUAGCCCGUUCAGACGUGGAAGUAAUUAGGGGACCUGAGCGACCAGCCAGAUGUUGAGUGAAAGGAUGCUGAUCAGAAAUAGAAAGUUUAGUAAACCCGAGCGCAAAUGAGUUCCAAGUACCCAGACCCUGUAACUUCACCCCUCAUUACUUAUAUGGGGAAGUACACUUUGCUUUUAUUCUGGGAUUUGAGCCUCUGUCACUCCCUGGAUUAGAAAUAAUUGUUUUUCUAUCUAUCAUUGUCCAUACAUUUGAUCAACUUUUAAAAAGGAGACACAGCGGAUAGUUUCAUUUUGAAUGUUAAUAAAAAUACCAAUAUAUGUUUAAAAGUUUGAAACAAUGAAAAAGACCCUUGGUUGAAAUUUGCCUUUUAUAUGAGCUGAUCAUUUUAUUCUCUAGUAAAUAUAACUUAAGGCUAGUAUUUAGUAUCCUAACCAUACAGUUAUAUAUAGUCAUAAAAUAAAUAGGCUCUUUUAAGUUCUAAGAGUAUAAUUUUGUUUCAGUGGGUAAGACAGUUCUGUACACUUUGUAUAAUGUUAUUUAAACACGUAUAUGGACAAAAACUGUUUACACUCUAUUCUAAUGCCAAUGUAUGUUCUGUGAAGUAACUUUAAUUUUGAGGAUAAAAGCAAUGAGAGGAAUUAAAGUUGAGUCAAAUGAUCCCUUUAACCUUUACCCGUUUGUCAUACAAUGAGAGAGACUUUAAUGGGGGAAUUUAGGAGAGGGCAAUGAUUUGAAUGAUAAAAUCCAUUUCAUCUCAUCCAGGACUAGUUUAUUUUAAUAUACUGAGUGGUAUUGUGUGAAAUUAUGUAGUAAGUCAGUGAUUCCAACUUUAAACUUCAAAAUUGUGGGUAGUGGACUUGAAGGCUUCUUUUUUUAUGACAGUGCUUUGAUUUUUUACUUUUCCUUUCUUUAAAUCAAUGCUAGACUUUCCAGAGAAGUCUUGGGGGUGGACAGCAAUCGUAAAGACCACCAGACAGUUAUUUCUUCACUGCCACUAGGUUAAAAAAUAAAUCAUGACUGAAUCUGCCUCUAGCACAAGUGGUCAAGAGUUCGACGUAUUCAGUGUUAUGGACUGGAAAGAUGGAGUAGGUACAUUGCCAGGAAGUGACUUAAAGUUUCGAGUAAAUGAAUUUGGAGCCCUGGAAGUUAUAACGGAUGAGAGUGAGAUGGAAAAUGUUAAAAAAGCAACGGCCACCACAACUUGGAUGGUACCAACUGCUCAAGAAGCCCCGACCUCUCCCCCGAGCUCCAGGCCCGUAUUUCCACCUGCCUACUGGACAUCUCCACCUGGAUGUCCCACAGUUUUUUCAGAGAAGACUGGGAUGCCUUUCAGGUUGAAGGAGCCAGUGAAAGUAGAAGGGCUUCCAUUCUGUGAGAACUGUUGUCAGUAUGGCAAUGUAGAUGAGUGUCUUUCUGGAGGAAACUAUUGCAGCCAGAAUUGUACUCGGCAUAUCAAAGACAACAGAGAUCAGAAGGAGGAAAGGGACAUCAGAGAAGACAAUGAAGAAGAGGACCCUAAGUGCAGUCGGAAGAAAAAACCGAAACCAUCUCUGAAAGCCGACGCCAGGGACGAUGGAGAGGAGAGAGAAGAUGGAAUGGAGAACAAACAGGAUGGAAGAAUCCUGAGGGGCUCGCAGCGAGCCCGAAGAAAAAGACGUGGUGAUCCAGCUGUACUGAAGCAGGGUUUGCCUCCUAAAGGCAAGAAGGCUUGGUGCUGGGCAUCCUACCUGGAAGAGGAGAAGGCUGUGGCAGUGCCAGCGAAGCUUUUCAGGGAGUAUCAAUCCUUUCCAUAUAACAAAAAUGGGUUUAAAGUUGGCAUGAAAUUAGAAGGCGUGGACCCUGAGCAUCAGUCCGUGUACUGCGUCCUCACUGUGGCUGAGGUUUGUGGGUACCGGGUAAAGCUGCACUUCGAUGGGUAUCCCGACUGCUAUGACUUCUGGGUGAACGCAGACUCCUUGGACAUCCACCCAGCUGGGUGGUGUGAGAAGACGGGCCAUAAGCUCCAUCCCCCCAGAGGAUAUAAAGAAGAAGACUUUAAUUGGCAGACUUACCUGAAAACAUGCAAAGCUCAGGCUGCUCCCAAGUCAUUAUUCGAGAAUCAGAAUAUAACAGUGAUUCCAUCAGGCUUUCGAGUUGGAAUGAAGCUUGAAGCUGUAGACAAAAAGAACCCUGCAUUUAUCUGUGUUGCUACGGUAACAGAUAUGGUGGACAAUCGUUUCCUGGUACAUUUUGACAACUGGGAUGAGAGCUAUGACUAUUGGUGUGAAGCAUCCAGUCCACACAUCCAUCCUGUUGGCUGGUGUAAAGAACAUAGAAGAGCCCUUAUCACUCCUCCAGGUUAUCCAAAUGUGAAACAUUUUUCUUGGGAUAAAUACUUAGAAGAAACCAAUUCCUUACCUGCUCCUGCAAGAGCUUUUAAAGUGAAACCUCCACAUGGAUUCCAGAAAAAAAUGAAGCUGGAGGUCAUAGACAAAAGGAAUCCCAUGUUUAUUAGAGUGGCAACAGUGGCAGACACAGACGAUCACCGAAUAAAAGUUCACUUUGAUGGCUGGAAUAGCUGCUAUGAUUACUGGGUAGAUGCAGAUUCUCCCGACAUCCACCCUGUGGGCUGGUGUUCGAAAACCGGGCAUCCUCUUCAGCCUCCUUUGAGCCCCUUAGAAUUAAUGGAAGCUUCGGAACAAGGUGGAUGCUCAACCCUGGGAUGUAAUGGAAUUGGUCAUUUCAAGAGAGCGAGACACCUGGGCCCUCACAGUGCUGCCAACUGUCCCUAUUCAGAAAUCAAUUUAAAUAAAGACCGCAUCUUCCCAGACCGCCUAAGUGGGGAGAUGCCUCCGGCUAGUCCAUCAUUUACGAGAAAUAAAAGGACAGACACAAAUGAAACCACCUCAUCUCCUGAAAUCAGAGACCAGCAUGCUGAUGAUGUCAAAGAAGAUUUUGAAGAGAGAAUGGAAAGUGAAGUGAGAACAUCACAUGAAGCCAGAGGUGCCCGGGAAGAACCUAGCUUACCGCAGGCACAGCGUCGGUCAGCCGUCUUUCUGUCAUUUAAGUCCCCAAUUCCAUGUCUGCCCUUGCGCUGGGAGCAGCAAAGCAAACUUCUGCCAACUGUAGCCGGAAUCCCUGCCAGUAAAGUUUCCAAAUGGAGCACAGAUGAGGUAUCUGAAUUCAUACAGAGCUUACCUGGGUGUGAAGAGCAUGGAAAGGUGUUUAAAGAUGAACAAAUUGAUGGAGAAGCAUUUCUGCUUAUGACGCAAACAGACAUUGUUAAAAUUAUGAGCAUUAAGCUGGGCCCUGCUCUCAAAAUUUUCAAUUCUAUCCUGAUGUUCAAAGCUGCAGAGAAAAACUCUCACAAUGAACUUUGAAGGUGGUGAAUUUUGAAUACCUUCAGCUUUCUGCUUUUAAAGCUCAUGUUUUAUUCAAAGCACAAGGACAGUUAUAACUCCCAAGUGAGAAGUCUCCAAAACUCAAAAGAGCAAUGCGAUCGGAUUAUUUAUAUUCCUCCAGAGACAAUAUAUGUGAAUUCUUAUGAAAGUGCUUGAGCUUUUAACCAGGUACUGUCUAACAACAGUCAUCUUUUGGUUCUGUUCACUGAGCUAAAUUUAUCUUUGUAAAUCUUUUUGAGGCUGGGGGGUGGGGGGAGAAGGGGGACUUCAUUAAUUAUUUAUGGAUAAUGGGGGGGCAGAGUAUGAAUUUUUGGCAUUUUGUAAACAUUGAUGAAUUCUCUUUCAUGUACACUGUUUCUUUUUCAAUACGUUCAGGAAUCUUUUUAUAUAAUCAAAUUUCAACCUAAACCAAAAUAGUCAAAAUCUGGCUAAGUUUAGCCAGUGGGACGGUUGGUUAUCUGUAUUGUUAAUCCUGUGCCAUAUUUUGAAUUGCAACAUUAUGCUAAGUAUAACUUUGCAAGUCACGAUAUUGCCUAACUGCUUGUCAUCGUUUGUUGGGGCUGAAUCGUUGUAAAAAUUACUUUUCCUUAAAUCUGUGUUUUUGCUUUUGCACGUAUUAUGAAAUGUUAAACAAAUUACUUUCACCAGCAUCUUUACUAUAAUUACCAAAAACAUGUAUAUAAAUAAUGGAAUUGAAAAAUAAACUAUAUAAGCAUAGAUAAAGUAGGUGAUGUAUUUGAAUGGCAUCGGUCUCCAACAUCAUGACACCCUGUGUGCUGGACUCUUGUAGAGCCCAGUGAUGUCGUGAAUAUGCAGUUACAUUGGGGGCGGGGGGGUUUGUAAGGAUCUUAAACUAUUUAUGAGAUUAUCUUGAGCUUGUCUGUAAUUGUCAUUGAGGUGCUUUUCAGAGAUCGAUGAAGGGCUUGUUCUGUCCAUAGAAACACUAAUCCAUAAACAGCUCUGUCCCAGAUCUUGCCAUGUCCUCCAAACCCAAAGGUUUUUCUUCAGGGUUGGCUGAAGAGAAAGAGUAUUGAUUUUACUGAAAAGGCAAGGUGUGAGGGAGCAGCGCCAGCAGACACGGAUUCUAAAUGCUUACAGAUCAGGGAGGCGACUUCCCAAACAAUCAUUCAAGAAGCUCCAUUUUGGAGAGAUUCCUUUCCCUGUGGAACAGUUCGCCUCAGUAUAUAAGCAUACAAAUGCACUUUAAAUGAAAGCCCUUGAAUACCUAGAAAAUGAUAGCUGGUAGUGUUUCUUUUGCAAGAAUGCAUUUCCAACAUGAAAGGUAAAUUAUUUUAUCAGCCUUUGGAUGUAAUUUCUGAUUUCAGGAUUGAACAUUUAUUCAAGAUCUUUUUGAAAAGUAGAAAGUAAGUUUGCAGCAUGCCGUCUGAACUCUGGGGAAAGUUCCACCUCUCUUUUGUUGCCCUCAUUUUUUCCGAUGUAGAGUUUCCUUUCAUGUCCCCCGUUGGAAGUGUUAGCGGUCUUUUGCGUAUGUCAUCAUUCCAGGUAAAAACAGGGUCAUGAUAUCUGCAGUGUUCUAUUCAUUUCUUUGCAUGUAUCUGCUUAAACAAAUUUUUCAUUGUUAGUUUUCAUUUCCUUUUUUAAUGUUUUGUUCAGAAUUUGUACAUUCAAAUUGCACUUGUUAUAUCUGACAUGAAUGAAAUAAAAUCUUAAUUGCAGGUA